AGCCGUUUAGCUGCAGUUGGGCGUCUGACGGCGGCGCCUCCGCAUAUAUUUUAUGAGUUCAUGUUGUUGCUUUAAUGUUUACCGUCUAAAACAGUAUUUUUCUUUUAAAAAAUCCCUUUCCCGAUGCUACUUUAACUCCAAUACAUAUAUUAAAAAAUGUUAGCGAAUUUGUCUUUUGUCUCAGUUUAGAGCAUAGAUUAGUUUUUUUCCUUGAGUUUCUAGGAUUGGGAAGACGUUUUCUCUUUUUCUUUUAAAAAGUACUAAAUAUCCAUUUAUCCACUGGAGAAUUUAUCUGUGGGAGCGAUGUUGCGGUCUGUGAUAAAAAGUGCCUUUUCUGGAGUCUGUGUUACUUGGAGCUGCUUUUAGGUCAGUCUGCUCUUUCGAGAUUUGUUUGCUGCCAAUUAAACAAAUGUCUGGCCUAUCGUGCAACUGAAAACAGAAGACGCCUCUGCUGCAUCAUUUAGCUGCUUGUCUCAUUUUCAACUGUCCAUAACAGCAAAACUGAAGCGAACUGAUACAUGAGGAACUAAACCAACGUACAAAGAGCGGAGUGCACUGACGGCAGUAAAAUCACUAACUGGUAGAGACUCGAGAAUGAUUAUUAAUCAACGGGUGUGAUUGCAUCAAAAUAACUUUUUAUUGAAAGCAACAAAGUGCUGCAUUAGCAAACGUACAAUAUAAAACAGCCAGACGUGUCACCAACAAGAAGGGGUGAAAAACACGUGACGGAAGGCCGCAAGUCCCAGUCGGUGACCGAUCAUUUGCUGACUAAUUGUCUGUUUUAAUGUUGUCUCGCAGCCAGAAAAGCAACUCUCCGGCAGCAUUUUAUGAAGUAAUCAUCUUUUAUGAUCAUUAAAAAUCAUUUGUAUAUUUUAAGAAAAGAGAGCUAUAUUUUUGAUUUUAUUUCUAUUAACUGCUGCCUUCCUUGACCAAGAAUCCUGAUAUUGAGCUGUUCUGAACCACAUUUCACUUCCAACGAUUUAUUAUGGCUGUAAACGUUACUCCAGUACGUGAUACAAAAUGGCUGACAUUAGAAGUGUGCAGACAGUUUCAGAGAGGGACAUGUUCACGUUCAGACCAGGAAUGCAAGUUUGCACACCCACCAAAAAGCUGUCAGGUUGAAAAUGGGCGAGUUAUUGCAUGCUUUGAUUCCCUUAAGGGACGUUGCACAAGAGAAAACUGCAAGUAUCUUCAUCCGCCAAUGCAUUUAAAAACGCAGUUAGAAAUUAAUGGCCGGAACAAUCUCAUACAACAGAAAACAACUGCAGCUAUGCUGGCACAACAGAUGCAGUUCAUGAUGCCAGGUGCUCAAAUUCAACCAGUUGCCACAUUUCCAAUGAAUCCUGGCACAGGAGUAAAUCAUCAUCCUUUUAGUUUUAGUCCUUUUCUGGCACCCAUGCCUCACAGUGUCGGAUUAGUUCCAACCGAAGUUCUCUCCAGUGCCCCUGUUCUUGUCCCUGGAAGCCCACCUAUUUCGGUUGCUGGAUCAGGAAAUAUGCCUAAGCACAUGAGGACAGACCGGUUAGAGGUGUGCCGAGAGUUUCAGCGAGGGAAUUGCACACGGGGUGAGACUGACUGCCGCUUUGCUCACCCUGCAGACAGCACAAUGGUGGACACCAAUGACAACACUGUAACUGUCUGCAUGGAUUAUAUCAAAGGUCGAUGCUCAAGAGAGAAGUGCAAAUACUUCCAUCCUCCUGCGCAUUUACAAGCCAAAAUUAAGGCUGCUCAGCACCAGGCCAACCAGGCUGUGGCAGUAGCUCAAGCAGCUGCUGCAGCAGCAACAGCAAUGACUCAGUCGGCUGCCAAAUCUGUGAAACGACCCCUCGAGGCAACCUUUGACCUGGCCUUUCCACCUGGUGUCCUUCACCACUUACCAAAGAGACCAGCCCUUGAAAAAAGCAAUGGCACCAGCACAAUCUUUAAUCCUAGUGUUUUGCACUACCAACAGGCUUUAGCCAAUGCACAAAUGCAGCAGCCAACAUUUUUUCCAACAGGGUCGGUGUUUUGCAUGACUCCUCCAGCUACAACUGUUGGUCAUACUGAAAUAGUGAACCAGAAGCAAAUGAAUUCCCAAGACAUCUCUAUGGAAACUCAUGAACAGGCUUAUUGUAAAUACUAUCCUCUUCCCUCCCCACCUGCAUCUAUAUUAGGCUUACCACAGCCAGCAUGCUAACCAAAUUAAGAGAAAAUCUAUUUAGAUUAAGCAAGACUACAAAAUCAUGACAGGAAAUGCAUCAUAAAUUUAUGGAUGUAGAUGUGUUCAGACACAUAUUUAAUAUUCAUAUAUCCUGUAAAUAACCCUAGCACUAUGACAAAUGUUACAAUCAAAGAGAAUAGUAUAUUUACUUUCUGAUGUCUCAUUUUGUGGAGAUGUUUUGCCAUUACAUUCUAUAAAGAGUGUGAUAUGGUUAUAUUGUUAAUCUGUUAUGAGAUCAUUGUAUACAAAAAAGACAGCACCUACAGGGUUGGAAGAAUCCUCACAGACAUUUGCAGAAAAUAAUACUCCACAGAAAACAGAAACCCAUUUUGAAAAUUAGUGUACAAAAUGGGUUUUUAAUUUUUCAGUAGUAACCUAAUCAAUCACUGGAAAAAAAUAUUUGAUCAAUAAUGAUCAACGGUUUUUUUUAACAGAACAAACGUGAGUAGUGACUUUUAAUAAAACUACAAUAUUUUUAAAUGAACACACUGGGUAUAAACUUCAUAGUAAUCUGAAACAUUGCACAAAAGUAAUUUAACUUAUCAAGGUUUGUUGUCUUUAGAUUGUUUAUGCCUUUGUUACCUAACAAGCAAAACAUGAAAGGAUGUCCUUCUUCUCAAUGCAAUACAGUAAGUUUGAGUCGUUAGGUCUUACAUUGGCAACAAAAGAUGGAGGAUCCUUUAGUUUGUCGAGGCAACUUAUUUCCAAAUAUGAUGAAAAACUCUGAAAUCAAGACCUCGACACUGAUCCUUUUGAAAGCAGACUAGAAAUGUGGAAUUGCAGAGAAUGUGGCUAGCUACAGAGUCAGACAGGAUUACUUGCAGAGACAAAGCUUGUCUGUUUUAUUGCAGCUAUAGUUGUGCUUGUUCAAGAUAUCCACUGUGUUAAAAAAGAUUCUUCUGACUCUGAAAGGUGCACCAUAUUAUAAAUUCAUUUAUAAUCUAGAACAUGAUAUAUGUAACAGUGCCUAAAGAAAGUGGGACAAUUAUUCACAAGUAUGUGCGAAGUGUAAGUUGUACCAAAACUGUAUUUUGUGUGUUUUUUCACAUUAGUAAAGCAGACAAUUUAGCUGGCAAAAUUUGAUGAAAAUCUAGUUGGAGUAUAGGUUGAGAGGAAAAAUUAGCUUUUUUAAAAAGAAAUAUUCUUUUUCUAACAAAAAGGCUCUUCCCAAAUAAAAUUGCACCCUAAUUUCACUAUUCUCGUUUUACUGGCAACAGUGCAAAAGCGGGGGUUGGUAAUUUUAUUUUUUUCUUUAAGCCAAAUUAUAAUCCUAAGACUGUAAAUCUUACCAAAUUUAUUGUCUUCAUUUUACAAGUCACAAAAUCCAAUAGUGACUCUAAUAUAAAGUUUAGAAGAGGCAUCAGAUACAAUAGAGCAUUGUUCAACAAAAUUAGUUUGUAAUGUCUAAAAAUUAAACACAGAAAAUACAUGAAGACUGUAGUAUAACAUUUGAAUUCUGUCAUUGUGUUGAUUUUAGUGCCAGGAUAGCAAUCAGUAACCACAAUAAAGUCAGCAUGCAGCAGAUACAAAAAUAAAAACUUUUUAUAUUUUUUAAUUGUACCUUGUAUUUAAAGAAUUAUUGUUUCAAGACUUAAUCAACAUUUUAGCUAGAUCCAUCCAGCAUAAUGAUUAGAAAUUAGUUAGUAGCUUGAACAAAAUCUUUAUUGUGUUGAAAGUAUUUACCAUUUUCAUAAUAGGUUUAUCUUUUUAUAAGAUUGGUUUUCUGAUAAGGUAUGUUUAUGAUUUUAUAAUAGAAUUGGUCUUAAAGAUAAUGUGUAGUAUUGUUUUUCUUCGUUUGUUAAACUUUUUUCUUACUGAGGGUUAGUAGUCAUUUUUAAUCCUUACUUAGACACACAUGGAGUUCAACUAACACAAGUCAACUGAAAUUAUGGUUAUACAGUGAGAAGAUACAUCAUAUCAGAAAUCAUAUCACAAUGAUACUUUCAAAUGCCAAUGCAAAUGCCCAUUGUGAUUAAUUCAAUAGCUAAUACAUCAUAAUAAAUUUCUCGGAUUUGUGUUUGUUUUUAAAGCUCUGUUUCUAUUUUCCAAGCAUACUCAUUAUUCAACGAUAUUAUGUUUUUAUCUGUUGUGCAACAACGCAGUACUUUUCAUCAAAGUUAUGAUGUAAUAGCAAUAAUUUCUGCUAUGAAAUAGUGUACCAGGCUUAAAAGCUUGUUGCACUAUGGUGAAAAUGCCUCACUUUUUGGCCACAGCACUUACCCAGCGCACUUAGUUUUUUUGUGAGGCUUCAUACUCCACCUCAACAAAUUUUAUUGCCUAAUUAGAAUUUUACAUUGUAUAAGUUGAACUUAACUUGAAAUAAUUAUAUGUCACAAUAAAAGCAUGAAUUAUAUGUAACAUUAUGGUUGUUUUGGUUUUAAGAAUAGAUGAAAUUGUAUGUUUUUACAUCAGUUUCCCAACUGACAAAGUGGGCCAUUUGACCUGCAGAUAUUGACUUUGUGUCAUCUGUGUACUGUCAGAUGGUAAAAUAUUGAUACUGUUUGAAUAUUUUCAAAAAGGUGCAUCCAAGGAACAUUUUGCUUUAGUGUUCUCAAACAAAAGGGUUUGUUGUUUCUGAAGUGUUAUGACUGUCUCAGAGUUAGCAUGCAGCUAAAAUAUUUGAUCCUGGUGAUGUACAAAUAUGGAUAACAUAUCUUGUUGCACUUAUGUACAUAGUAAAUAUGUAAUAAAGCUGUCUUUAUAUUGUAAAAUGAGCAGCAGAGGUUUUUAAAUAAAAACUAAAUACUCCGUU